UUGCGUGUUAAAGCUUUCUUGCUCUUUUAAGCUUCAAUUUUCUGAAGGAAACACAUGAACACACCAUUGAAGCAACUCAUCUUAAAGGUGUAUUUAUAGAACUUGCUCUUAAGUUCAUAAACUUAUUUUUGUUUUCAUAAUAAACACUUCUCUAUAGCAUUUUCAUUAUAUAUUUGAAGUUUAAGUUGUAAUUUUAUUUCAUAAACACUAGUAGUUAAGAAGUAGUGUUCAUUUAGAGAUCAAUCAACCGUUUGGAUAUUUAACAACUUGUUGGUAUACAACUUGUGGGAGUAUUUGCAUAUUGGAGUUCUUGUUCUUGUUAUUAUGCUCGACCUCCACCAUUGUAGGAUGAAGUUCCGGUGAUCAACCCGGGAAUCUCAUCACCCACGUCAUACUUAAGUCUGAUAAUUAUAUCGCGUGGUCGCGAGCGAUUACGCUUUCCUUGAAGGCUCGUCGCAUGUUUAUUUUCAUUGAUUGCACGCUCUCCAAGCCUACUGAAUCUGCUGAACUAUUUGAUUGGGAAACGGUACAUUGCAUGAUUGUUUCUUGGGUUCUUCGAAGUAUUGAUCCAAGGAUUGUUGACUCAAUCCCCUUUCACGAUGAUGCUCGCCGCUUAUGGCUUUAUGUCGAAAAGCAAUUUUGUAUCGCUAAUGGCCCUCGUGUUCAACAACUUCGGGCUCAAAUUGCCGAUUGUCGGCAAUCUAAGUCUAUGACUAUUGAGGAGUACUAUAACAAAUUGAUUGUAUUGUAUGACGAAUUACAUCGCUUGAAGCCGUUGCACGUUUGCUCGUUAGGUAAGUGCACUUGUGCUGUGGUUGAAAAAUUUGUGAUCGAUCGGCAAGAAGACAUUUUUCAUCAAUUUCUUGUUGGUGUCGAUGAUGAAUAUUAUAGUGGAGUGCGUACCAAUUUGCUAUCGCAAUCAUCCCCUGCUGACUUGGAUAAGGCCUAUCAAGCCCUUAUUCAAGAAGAACGUUCUCGCACGAUUGCCCGUGAGAAGCUUAUCAAAGAGGAGACUCACGUUUUUGCUGUUCAAAAUUCUCGACCUCGGGCUCGUACAGGGGCUGAUCGCCGAUUUGAGAGGCCUGACAAAUCUGGGCUUCUCUGUACCCAUUGCAAUUAGAGAGGUCAUGACAAGAGUACUUGUUUCGAGCUUCACGGCACACACUACAAGAAAACUUGUUUUUAGAAACAAGUUUUAGCAACGACUAUAUUUUUUUCGUUGCGAAAAAUACAAGUUGUUGCAAAAUCCGUUGUUGUCGCUAAAUAAUCGUUGCCAUAAAAAAAAAAACUUCCCCACCCCUUGAAAUAAUUUUCCGGUAUAACCCAAUUUUGUGCAACAAACAAUUUAGUUGUUAAAAUUAAAUAAAUAAUUUGUAACUGUAUAUAUUAUUGCAAAAAAUAUUUAAAUAUACAGAUACAAUAAAGUCGUUGCAAAAACCCUUAUACUAAUAAUUUUUUUUUCAUUUCCCUCUCAAAUCAGAACCCGAAUCCCUCACAAUCCCCUUUUCCCUCCCUCGCAUUUUCAGAAACCCAUACCCCAUUCCCUCACAAACCCGAUUCCCUCACAAACCCUAUUCCCGCACACCGGAGCUUAGCGAUUGCCGCCUAUACACCGGAGCUUCUGCCACCUGCAUGCCGGAGUUCCAGCCGCCUUCAGCACACCGGUGCUACCGCCUUCUGCACAUACGCCUUUCAAAUAACCCGCGAUAGGCUGUUUGUUUUUUGUGCCUUUUUGUUUCUUUGAAUAUCUUGUUCUUGUUUCUUGUUGCUUUCAAUUUAUGGGUUGUUCUUUGAAUUUCUUGAGCUUUGUUGUAAUUAUCAGAUUAAUGUAUGUGUAUUUCGUCAGUUUGAAAUGUUGGGUUGUGCGAAUUUUAACCCUCUUGGCAGUGAAGGAACAAGAAUUCGUGUUUUUCUUGGGCUUUGUUCUAAUUAACAGAUUUAUGUAUGCGUAUUUCAUGAUUUUGAAAUGUUGGGUUGUAUUUCAUGACAUAGAUUAACCUUUUUCUUUGCCACUGAGGAUUUACAAUUAGAUCUUGAGGGCUUGAUUACUUGCGUUUUUUAGGGGUUUAUGUUUGUGUGUUUUUUUGUAUUGGGAAAUUGCUUGCGGUUUUUUAUUACUAUUAUUUUCUUAUUGCAAUUCAUGUGGAAUUAGCUAGCAGUGGCUUUAGGGGGAUAAAACGCCGUUUCUUGAAUAAGGUGAGAUUGCUUUUGAUUUAUAUGGAUAAUUUAUUAAAAUGUGAGAUUCUUCCAAAGUAAUGCUAAGAAAAAUUGAUGGAGUUACUUCAAAUUGAAGUUCUAGAUGAUAAGAUUAAAGCAAAAGUAAGUUUAUGGCCUAUGAUUUCACGGUGUAAGGUUUUGAUGUCAUGGUGGAAUUAGAUUUUUCUUUUCAAAUUGAAGCAAAAGAACUCAUUAUUUGCGAUUGUGAUGAUACAUACUUGAUGAGGGCAACGAUUUUUAGUUUAUUUGUUUUAGAUUAUAAUGAAGCCUAGUAAAAUGGUUCAUGUGAACUUGUUAAAUUGUUCUUGUUUAUUCAAGUUGAUUAGUCUAAGUUGAUUUGUCAUGUGUUGAAAAUAUUUUCUAA